AGAAACUCGGAGCGCAGCAGCGUGAAGGCCUUUGACACUCGCAUUGCCACGGUCAACCUGUGAUACCCGCGAGGCGCUUCCCCCUGCAGCCAUCCACUGGGGUGCGCUCUGUACGCGCCCGGCUCCGUACCACGGGCGAUUUGCCAACAGGUCGAUAUCACCACUGUCGUCCACAUGCCCAGCGCUGGUAUUGCCCAGGAACGGAGACGAGCGCUCCUGGCAAGUCAUUUUCGCGCGAGAUAAUUACGUCUCUUUCGUCCGUUUCCCUCGUGUGUUUCACUUCCUCCAAUUUCCCUGCCCAACACCCUCUGCCUAAAGACCCGCCUGCUUUGCUGCACAGCGCUUCGUGCCUCUCUGAUCGCUCCGAGCCUCCCUGGGCGGACCAGACUUUUUUUUUUUCGACAGUAAGUGUCUAGACUCCAGAAAUACUAGCGAUCGCCGCCCGUCCAAGCCCCGCAAGCCUCGGGACUCCGUCCGCACAGUCAGCGCAAAACCUGCCCUGGCGGCUAUCCAACAACCAGCUGUUCGACCCAAUUGCGCCGGUAAAAGAGCGUGGACGACCGUAUAAUUCCGUCUGAGAAGCCUGCUGCUGCUCUCGUACGAGGUGUGCACAACCUCCCCCUCCCCUCGCGGAGUCAAACCGUCCUGUCAUUCGUCCGGCCCAUCGUCGAACUCCCCGCUCUUCGCACGCAGAAAGGAGGCGUCCGCACUUCGAUUACGCAGUGCCCCAGCUUGCAUAUCCUGAUCAGAGAUUCAGGAGGGCGCCGACAGGCUCGACGCUGCUAGCCCGGGAGCACACAAUCGCAAGGCUUCGACGCAAUGUCGCUGAAACAGGAAAUCGAGACGUGGGUCGCGGCCCUCGCGGCGUACGACAACAACGAAUUCGACCAGGCAUUGAACGCCUUCAACCAGAUUGCGGACACGUCCAAGAUCUUGUUCAACUGCGGCGUGAUUCACGCAACGCUCGGCGAACAUGAAAAGGCGGUUGAGUGCUACAUAAAAGCAAUUAAGCUCGACAACUACCUUGCCGUCGCGUACUUCCAGCAAGGCGUUUCGAACUUCUUGAUGGGUGACUUCGAGGAGGCCCUCGCCAACUUCAACGACACUCUCCUGUACUUGCGUGGUAACAACAACAUCGACUACGAACAGCUGGGCCUAAAAUUCAAGCUCUUUUCCUGUGAAGUCCUCUUCAAUCGUGGGUUGUGCUACAUAUACCUUCAGCAGAUGGAACAAGGCAUGCAGGACUUGGUCUACGCUGCGAAAGAGAAGGUCGUGCCGGACCACGACGUGAUCGACGAGGCCAUUCGGGAACAAGCGCAAGGCUACACCGUCUUUUCCAUUCCCGUGGGCAUUGUCUAUAGGCCGAAUGAAGCCAAAGUCAAGAACCUGAAAGCCAAGGACUACUUGGGCAAGGCAAAACUAGUCGCUGCAACGGACAGGAACCAGACUUUCACUGGCUUUACAGGUGCCGAGAUCAAGAAGCAGGGCACAACGGCUCUAGAUGAUCGGCCAGAAGAGAAGAUAUCUUUUGCGGCCAGCAAUCUUGUGCGAACAGACAUCAAGAGUCGAGCGAGGCAACAGUCAGAACCGCCACUUAACCGCAACAUGUUCCCACCGACACCGCCACCAGAGAGUGAUAAACCACCAUCAAGCCCUGGUUCUGGUUCGGUGCGCAGCGCGAACAAGCCUCUCUCGAGAGCUGAGUCCGUUAAGGCUGGUCCACGACCUCAGCCACUUGAUCUUACCGUCGCAGGAUUCCAGAGUUCAAAGCAAUCUCGCCAACCGAGCGGUGGCCUACAACGAACUCAGUCGGAGCGUCCAGGUAACAGGAGACCGCAAGACCCGCCUACACGAUUGCAGCGCUCUAACACAUAUGCGGAUGACGUCUACGAUAUGUACGGUCGCCAGUCUAUAGGCUCCCGACGCGCACAGGAGUAUAUCUCUGAAGAAGAAGAGGAUGAGUACUCCAUGUCUUACGAUGAGGGUGAUUUCGAAAUGCUCGGACCGAGGCCCGCAUUGUCUGCACGAUCAUCCGCUUCAACACGCCGCUCCGGACCAACAAUGAAGAAAAUACGUGUUAAGGUUCACGCCGACGACACCCGUUAUGUCCUUGUCGGAUCAGCUGUCGAAUUCAGAGACUUCGUUGAUCAGAUCCGCAAGAAGUUCGGCAUACGCCAGAGCUUCAAGAUCAAAAUUAAAGACGAUCAGGACAUGAUCACCAUGGCUGAUCAAGAUGACCUCGACAUGGCUAUCGAGUCUGCAAAGUCAAUUGCGAGAAAGGAGAAGAGCGACAUGGGCAAGAUGGAGGUUUGGGUUCAGAUAAUAUGAUCAAAGUCGCAUGAAAAGGCGCGACCUUUUAAUUUUCUUGGUUGGCCUCUUGACUUGGAAGGAAAUACCCCCACAUAUAGUGUUUGCAUAUGCCAACUUUGGCUUUUGUACGAUCCCGAGCAUAAUCGCGUUCAGAAUAAUUAUCCCCUCUAGAUGAAGCAUUCUUGUGUGCAGGAGAGAACGGACUACCUUCGCUCGCUUCGGCUCGACACUAACUGGUUUGGAUGAAUGCAUUUUGUAACGACUAGAUAAUGUCAACAAAUACCAUCAAACUCGAAGAUCAA